AUUUACUGUAUUUUUUGGGUCAAAGGUCAAGGUUAAUCUUAUAUAGUUAUAUGGAAUAAUUUCCACUUAAGUAACAUGGUGCAUACCAAAACUGCCCUUGUUUUGAAAACGUCGUCGUAAAAGGUGAAGCAUUUAUCCUCGUCUUUAUUCAUAUGACGAUAUGGUAUGGUAGUCGUCGAACAGAUAAACAUAUGGUUUUGGCUAUUGAGGCGAGCAUCCCUUUUGUACACUGUACCUCCAGCUUAACCUUUAGCUGAUAUAGCAGUUACCGUCAAAAAGCGGCGGGCCCGGCGGAGGUGGCGGAGGAGCCGCCGGCAAUAUUCAUUGCGUUUUCGCUUCAUAAUUGCGAAAACCCAAAAUGAAAGAGUUCGCUCUGCACUACAAUCUUCCACUCCCUCCAUCCACGAAGCUCAAAACCCACCACCCGUGCCAAGACCAUGCUCGUUUUCAAUUACUCACAAGGAGAACUCGGUAUCCCGUGAAUUACUGCAACGCCACCGGCGGCCAUGGCAGGACACGAAUUGCCCCACUUGAGACAGAAGUACACGAAUUCGAAGAGAAAUCAUUCUUUAUGGGAACUGACGAUGACGAAGAGUUCGAGGAGGAUGAAGCCACGUCGUCAUCGUCAGAGUUUCUAUCUCUGAGCGCGAAGCCCGACAGGAACUUGGCGUUGAUGGACGAAAUGGAUUUGUUACCCGAAUGCGACCCGAAUCACCGGAGCGGGUUCGUGGCGGUUGUGGGCAAACCCAAUGUGGGGAAGAGCACGCUGUCCAAUCAAAUGCUUGGCCAGAAAUUAUCGAUUGUCACGGAUAAGCCCCAGACCACACGACACCGUAUUCUUGCUAUCUGCUCCGAUACGGAUUAUCAGAUAAUACUCUAUGAUACUCCGGGAGUUAUUGAGAACAAAAUGCACAAGUUGGACUCAAUGAUGAUGAAGAAUGUCCGAAGUGCCGCCAUCAAUGCAGACUGUGUUAUUGUUGUUGUAGAUGCUACUAAGGCACCUGAAAAGAUUGAUGAAAUGCUGGGAGAAGGAGUUGGGGAACUCAAAGAUAUCCCCACCGUACUUGUUUUGAACAAGAAGGACCUUAUCAAACCCGGUGAAAUCGCAAAGAAGAUUCAGUGGUACGAGAAGUUUACGGAUGUAGAUGAGGUAAUACCUGUGAGUGCCAAAUAUGGCCAUGGGGUGGAAGACAUAAAAGAGUGGAUUCUGUCAAAACUUCCGUUAGGACCAGCUUAUUAUCCUAAGGAUAUUGCUAGCGAGCACCCUGAAAGAUUUUUUGUGGCAGAAAUUGUCCGAGAAAAGAUCUUUAUGCAAUACCGCCAGGAAGUCCCUUAUGCAUGCCAGGUUAACGUGGUUAGUUAUAAAAGUAGACCAAACGCAAAAGAUUUCAUCCAGGUUGAGAUUAUUGUGGAGAGGGACUCUCAGAAGGCUAUACUUAUUGGAAAGGAAGGAAAAGCUUUAAAGCUACUAUCAACAGCAUCUCGGCUCGAUAUCGAGGAUUUCUUGCAGAAGAAAGUAUUCCUUGCGAUUGAUGUGAAUGUUAAAGAAAAAUGGCGAGAAAAUGAAGAUCUCCUUAAAUUCUAUGGAUAUGGAGGCGAAAUUCAAGUUUUAUGACAUUUGAUUUUUACCAGUGGGUGCUGCCAUUGAGGCAACAUCAACGUACCUUGGAAAUUACUGUUUGCCAUUUUUCUUUACUCUUGUUAGUUGUUGUGGAAUACUGUAUAUUGUCAGCAAAAGGUGUUUAGUUAAAGAAUUGAGAUUUUGUUGGGCACAUAUGCUUGCUCUAAUUGAAGAUGGACUUCAAGCAGAAUAUGUGGAGAGGGUCAGUUCAGCAUUUGACAUUUUGUUCUCACUAUUCGAAUGAUUAAUCACUGUACAUGCAACAUGGAUUUGGUUUAUUUACAUUUGUCCUACUUUCAUGGAAUCUGGCCACUGGAAGAUUGAUAAAUGUAAAUGCUCUUAAUCUAUAUUUGUCUGAAAUUUUGUAAAUA